UCUCCACCGUCCCCUCUCUGUCUUUUUCUCCCGCAUCCUCCUCUGCUGCAUCAGCACCACAGCAGCAGCAGCAGCACCAGCCCAGCAUCAGCAGCACUAACCCAGCAUCCCUCAGCAUCAUCCCUGAGCCAGCAUCCUGCCCUGCCCUCAGACACCCUGCCUGCCCCCCACUCUGCAACCAGGGGCAAGAGGGCAGCAAAAAGCCCCCUCCCUCCCUCCUCCCCCCAUACAGGCAGCUCCUCUCCCAGCCUCCCUCCCUCCCUCCUUCCCCCAGACUGCAGCAAGAGGGGGAGUCACCAGGAAAAAAGGAGAGAGUGUGAGAGGGACCCUAGGAGAGCAGAGAGGGGCCACACACUGCCAGCAGGCUAGGGAGCAGAGCCAGGGGGUGAUCCACCAAGGAGAGAGGAGCAGGGGGCAGCAUUGGCACAGCCCUGAUUGCCUGGAGGUGCCCAUUCUGAGCAGGAAGCAUGAAGGACCGGACCCAGGAGCUGAGGAGUGCGAAAGACAGUGAUGACGAUGAGGAAAUUGUACACGUGGAUCGGGAUCAUUUUAUGGAUGAAUUUUUUGAGCAGGUGGAAGAAAUCAGAGGAUGCAUCGAGAAGCUCUCAGAGGAUGUGGAGCAGGUGAAGAAACAACACAGUGCUAUCCUGGCUGCCCCCAACCCUGAUGAGAAAACAAAACAAGAAUUGGAGGAUCUCACAGCUGACAUCAAAAAAACCGCAAACAAAGUCCGAUCCAAGUUGAAAGCUAUAGAACAAAGCAUCGAGCAGGAAGAGGGACUAAACCGCUCCUCCGCUGACCUUCGAAUCCGGAAAACACAGCACUCAACUCUGUCCCGUAAGUUUGUGGAAGUGAUGACGGAAUAUAAUGCAACGCAGUCUAAAUACAGGGACCGCUGCAAGGACCGUAUACAAAGACAGCUGGAAAUCACUGGAAGAACAACAACCAACGAGGAGCUGGAGGACAUGUUGGAAAGCGGAAAGCUGGCCAUAUUCACCGAUGACAUUAAGAUGGAUUCCCAGAUGACGAAGCAAGCUUUGAACGAGAUUGAGACGCGACAUAAUGAGAUCAUUAAGUUGGAGACCAGUAUCCGCGAGCUGCAUGACAUGUUUGUAGAUAUGGCCAUGCUGGUGGAGAGCCAGGGAGAGAUGAUAGACCGCAUUGAGUAUAACGUUGAACACUCUGUGGAUUACGUGGAGAGAGCGGUGUCUGAUACCAAGAAAGCUGUUAAAUAUCAGAGCAAAGCAAGGAGGAAGAAGAUUAUGAUUAUAAUCUGCUGUGUUGUACUGGGGGUUGUUCUGGCUUCCUCUAUCGGAGGGACACUGGGACUCUGAAAUAAAGAAAUGCACAAUGGCGAUUUAAAAAAAAAAAAAAGGGAGAGAAAGAAAAUAGUCAAUUAUAAAAAGAAAAAAAAAGUAAUAUUAUUAUGUAAAUGACAAGUAUUGGAAUUUGACGCACAGCCCCUGUGGCUAUGAGCGCAUUACCCCAUUUUCGCCUCUGUGGGUUUCACUCAGGAGUUAGGUUACCAUCAGCUAAUUUAAGCCAAUGGGGGGCUCUUUUGCCUUUAAGGAGUGGGUUUCCCUUUCCACCGCACUGGCCGCUAUAGUGUUAACUGACGUGAACCUAAAGCCAAAGCUUCAUCGAUCACCCACAUCUCCUGGGGGCGAAAAGGGUUGAGAAUUCCCAAAUAUUUGUUUUAUUAUCUCUGUGUCUGUUUUUACGUUUCUUAACCUGUUUUCCCGUCUGUCAAGGUUUUAAAAGAAAAAAAAAAUCAAAAUGUAUUUGACGUUGCUGGACAUGUUCCCUGGAGCCCCACAAACUGGCGGCAUUGGCAGAGGGUCUCUGCCGGUGCUUUAAUUUGUCCUUUUUCUUGACUGGUGGCUGAAUGUGUUUCUGUUCCUGCCAAAGUCUUGUGUGCGCGUUUUUAACGUUAAUUCCUCUGUUUUCUUGGUCGGGUGGUGUUGGGGGGAGUGGGUGUGUGUGUCUCAGUUAUUUGUGUGUCCGGGGCUGUCCGCCUUCGGCUGAAUGGAAAAUCGCUGCUCGCUUGUUAUCCCGUCUCUCGUAUAACGCGCUGUGGUAAGAUGGGGCAGGGAAUGGACGAUACCAAGCUUUUCAUUUUUUCGGCUUUUAUUUUGUGGACAGAUGUUCACUGCUAUGUUACUAAUAUUUCCAACAAGAUUAGUAUGUUUUCAUUUACUUCAUAUAAUAGGCUUCAUAUCAUAAUCAAAAAUAAUAUCUCUAAUCCCUAUAUACAAACUUCUUUUAUUGCUUCAUAGAAUACUCCUAAUAAGGACUUAUUGAUCUUUAAAAUUAUUUUUAUAACACUUCUUUUAUGUCCUUUCCUAUAACUCCUAUUACACUAUCUAACCCGCUCGGUAAUUCAUCCUAUUACUCCAUAUAACCCUCCCUAUAACCCCGUCUUUUACUCCAUAUAACACUUCCUAUAAGUACUCCAUAUAACACACCCUGUAACUGCUGUUACUCCAUAUAAUACUCCCUAUAUCUCCGUAUCCAGGUAUCUCUGCUUGGCUUGCUCACCCACUAGUUGGCACUUUCUGGUUCAUUUUAUACAUUUUUGAGUCUGUCCUUCCAUGUGCUGUAGGUCUGUCCCUCUCUCCCCAUAGAUGGGGGUCUCUCCCUCAUCCUCCCAGGCAUCUUGUUAUAUAUUGGUUUAUGAGUUGAAUAUAAAUUAAUAUAAACCAAAGGUCUCCCCAUCUCCUUGUCCCUGCCCCUCUGACCACUUCCCUUUUACAUUUUGCACCAGCUCACUUUCUCAUAAUAUUUUUUAUUUCUGACAUACCGUCUUGCACAAAAUAAAUACUAGCGUAAAUAACUGCAGUGCUACAACGCAAUCUGCAGAAAAUCCAUACCGUGCAGAGCGGCAGUCUCCCCUGCUCCGCUAGUCUCCAUGUAUUUUGGUAUCUUUUAUCUCAUGUUAGAGCCUGUGUCUCAUCCUACAGCAAUAAUGCACUCGGACCUCAAGCUGUUCUGCCUGUGAAAUCAUGAUGGAUGUUGAUCAUGGAACAAUGGUCAGGGUGUGAGGGGGUGUAAAACAACAUCAGUUUUGUUUUUUCUUACCUGAGUGUUAAGUGGUGACUAGGUUUACCAAAUGGAUUGAGUGUGUGUAAGGUAUUUCAAAAGGAUUCUGUGCAGAGAGGAACAUGUAGCUGCAUGUGUAGACGCUGUGAUCAGUACAGGAUGCUGUGUGCGUGAAGGCUACGAUCAGUAUAGGAUAUUGUUUGUAGGGACUGUGAUUAGUACUGGAUGCUGUGUGUAGUGGCUGUGAUUAGCACAGGAUACUGUGUGUGUAGAGCUGUGAUUAGUACAGGAUGCUGUGUGUGUAGAGGCUGUGAUUAGUACAGGAUGC